AUGGACCUUCAGAAUAAAGUCGAAAAACUCUCUAAGGAGAUUACGAAGCGACCGUCUGCUGGCGACGCGGGAAAGUUGUCACCAGGCUCGAAGGGGGAAAACGCGCAGGCGACGACGGGAAACGCGGAAGAAUCGGCGGGUUUGACGGGGAAGGCUCUUUAUCUGAGUCGCCUCAGGAGCGGAGCGCUGUCCUCGUCCCGAGGUUCCGCCGCAACAGGCGCUCCUAGCGGGAAAGGCGCUUCUAGCGGGAAAGGCGCCUCCUUUAGCGUGGCAGGCGCUCGUAGCGGGACAGCCGCGCAUAGCUGGACGGCCGCUCAUAGCGGGACAGGUGCUAAUAACGGAACAGGCGCUCAUAGCGCGUCCAUGGGCGGAAGGGGGAUUGGCGGCGGGUCUGGCUGGCGUGCGCGGGGUAAGGCGGAGUCGGACGGCGCUUUGGCUGGGGAGGGGGAGGAGAGGCGGAAAGAUGGGGAGGAGGAGCGGCGGAAGGAGGAGGCGGAGGUGACGCAGCGAGUAGAGGAGGAGGAGGAGAAUGGACGGCUGAGAUCUUCCCUCGAGGAGCCAGAGAAAGGCAAGGCUCUUAAAGAAAUAUCUCGGGAGUCGCCGAAGGCAGAGGCCUGUAUGGAAGAAGCGAAUGGAGCUUCAAAAGAAGAAUCGGUGAAGGAAGAAAUGAAAGCAGAAUCGAAGGGAGAUUGCAAGGAAGUAUUGAAUACUCAGACGAUUACAGGCGUUUCUCAGGAUGAGAAGGACAACUAUGAGGAGUACAAAGGGUCAUCUCUUAAGGGGGAUGAGGAGUUUCGGACAGGCGUCGAGUCUGCUAAUGCUGUACAAUCUGUUAAUGGCGAGUCUUCUAACGGGGCUGAGUUCACUAACGGAGUUGAGUCUACUAACGGGACUGAGUUCACUAACGGGGUUGAGUCUACUAACGGGGCAGCUAACGGGGGUGAGAAUACUAACGGGGUUGAGUCUAUUAACGGGGAUGAGCCUGCUGACGGGGUGAAUUUAAGGAUGGAGUGUACAGAUGAAAUAGCAGCAGCGAAGCACGAUAGUCCUGAAAAAGGAGAGCAGCAGGGGGGGCAACAACGGGAGCAACAGCAGGAAGUGACGCAGAAAGGAGAGCUGAAAGAGAAACGGCAAGAGGAGCAGCAGCAAGCAGAGCUUACUGAAGAGAAGGAAAAGGCAAGAAAAUGGGAUACUGGAGAGGGGAGUUUGGCAUCGAGAGGGGCAAAGGAAGGAGGGGAGGUGGGAGAGUGUGGGGAAGGAGGUGGGGAGGCGGGGAAAGGGAACUUGUCAAGUACCAAGGAAGUGAGGGCGGAAGAUAAGGGGGCAGUUAAAGGGGGGCAAGGGGAAGAGCAUGAGGACGGGACAAGAGCUUGCAACGAGUCAAGAGCUUGUAGCGAAUCAGCAUUAUUUAUUGAGAUAGAUUGUAAGGAGGAUGGGGCGCAGAGUCGGGUAGAAGAAGGUGCGAAUAAGGGAAAGCAGCAAACGGAGCAGCUAGAACGAGUGGCGUCAUCACUAACUGGAGCAGUUCAUAACGAGGAUAAGUUACUGAUGGGCCAAUUGUCAAGCUCCUCGUUUGGGUCAUCCUUUGGAUCUGAACCUCCCAGCCCAUCCUCCUUCAUUUCCAAGCCUCUCUUUAAGAAACUGCCUCCUGCUAUAGCGAGUACAGAAGGGCGGGCCCAGCGAUUGAAUGUACACACCGCUGAGGAAAUUGAGCCUUCUCCUAAGGGGACUCCGAGGCAGCUUGUAAGGGGUACAGGAGCAGCAGAGGAAGGGGGGGUGAGAGGGGAGGAGGCUCGAGGGCUAAUCCGGGGUGGGUGGUUGGAGCUAGGGAGAAGGCGAGAGGAGGCGGAGAGAGGACUGCGAGAAGCCUUGAGGGCGAGAGAAGAGGCAGAGAGAGGGAAGCAGGGAGCAGAGAGGAAACGGAAGGAAGCAGAAGAGAGAAUGGUUAGGGCUUUACUGGAACGGGAUGAAGCAGAGAGAAGGAGAGAGGAAGCUGAAGGGAGGUUGGGGGAAGUGGAAGGGUUGUGGAGGGAGAGUGAGAAGGGGAGAGAGAUGGAGGGGAGGAGGAGGGAGGAGGUUGAAAGGGAGUUGGAGGAGGAGAGGAGGAGGAGGGAGGAGGCGGAGAAGGGGAGGGAGGAGGCAGAGAGGAGGAAGGGUGAGGGUGAGGAGGAGAGGGAGGAGGCUGUGAGGAGGGCGAGGGAUGUGGAGAAAGAGGGGGAGAGAGUGAGGGAGGAGGUGGAGAGAGAAAGGGGAGAAAUGGAAGGGAGGUUGGUAACAGCAAGUAAAGCAGUGAGGGAAGCUGAGGCGAAGAGAGACGAAGCUGUAAAGGCAAUGGAGGAGGCUCAUAACGGGGAAAAAGCAGCCCUUGAGUUGAGAGACCAGGCGGUAUAUGAGAGGGAGGAGAUGGCGAGGGAAAGGGAUGAGGCCGAAAGGAGGAGGGUGGAGGAGGAAUCGAGGAGGAGGAUUGCAGAGGAGGAGUGUGAGGAGGCGAAGAGGAGGAGAGAGGUUGCUGAGAGUGCGAUAGAAGAGGCGGUAGGAGCAGCAGAGGGAGCAGAGAGAGGGAGGAAGGAAGCGGAGAGGUUGAGAGAGGUUGCAGUGAGAGAGAAGGUUGAAGCUGAGAGGGUAAUGGAAGGGGCUUUAAGGGAGAGGGAUAUGGCAUUACUGAAGGUGGAAGAAGCUGCUAAGAAGGUUCUGGAUGCUGAACGGAUGAGGAUUGAGGCUAAGCGAGUGUGGGAAGAUUCGGAUAAGAUUCGGGCAGAAGCGGAAACUGCGCAGGCUGAGGCUGAGAAAGCUCGGGCAGCUGCGGAGAAGUUUAAGGCGGAGUCGGAGCUGGUUCGGGCAGCUGCGGAAAUGGCUAGGGUGGAAGCUGAGGCGAUGAAACGUGAGGUGGAAGUAUUGCGGGCAGAAACGGCGGCGGCUCUGGCUGCCCGGGAAGAGGAACGGGCAAAGAAGAUUGGACUGGAGGGGAAAAUAGAAUCUUUAAUGCUGACCAUGGAAGCGCACCAACGGGCAGGGGGGGGUAGGUUAAGUGAAGGGGAGGAAGGGGAGAGAGUGAGGGAGGCAAGGAAGCGAAUGGAGGAAGCAGAGAACGUGGCACAUGACUUGAGAGUGUGGGGGAGGCAACUUCAAGCUGAGCUGCUUAAAGGGGAGGAGGAGAGAAGGGGCCUAGAAGAAAGGUGUAGGAAGGUUGAAGGGAGGGUAAGGGAUGUGCAGAGAGUGAGGGAGGAGGCGGAUAGGGGGAGGGAGAGGGCGGAGAGGGAAAGGGACGAGGUGAUUGGGAGGAUGAAGGAGGUGCAAGGAGAAGUGUUGAGGCUGAGAAGGGAGGUGAAACGGCUGAUGGGAGAGGAGGUGGGAGAGGAGAAAGAGGAGGAGGAGGGAAAGGGAGCUGAGGGGCAGCUGUUGCAGCUGCGUGGGUUGAUGGCAGCAGGAGGAAGGGAGGGGGAGGAGAGGUAUGGAGAGGAGGCGGAGAGGGUUAUACAGGAACUGGAGAAUGCUCUUAGCGAGUCAGAGAGGAGGAGAGUGAGUGCUGAGCAUGAGAGGGAUGUUGCUGCAAGGGAGAGGGAUGUAGCAGAGAGGGAAAGGGACGUAGCAGAGAGGCGGCUGGUUGAGAGGGAGAGGGAGAGGGAAGAAAGAGAGGGGGAGAGGGAGGAAAGAGAGAGGGAGAGGGAGGAAAGAGAGAGGGAGAGAGAAGAACAAGAGAGGGAGAGGGAGGAGACGCGGUUACAGGCGGAGAAGUGCAGAGAGGAGGCUGAAAGGGAGACGGCAGAAGCAGAGAAGAGAAGGGACAAAGCAGAGAGGGCGUGGAGUGAGGCUGAGCAGAAGAGAGAGGAGGCUGAGGCAGCGAAAUGCGAGGCGGAGAAAGAGAGGGAGGAAGCGGAGAAGGCAAGGAGUGAGGCUGAGCAGAAGAGGGAGGAAGCGGAGAAGGCAAGGAGUGAGGCUGAGCAGAAGAGAGAGGAGGCUGAGGCAGCGAAAUGCGAGGCGGAGAAAGAGAGGGAGGCAGUGGAGAAGGCAAGGAGUGAGGCUGAGCAGAAGAGAGAGGAGGCUGAGGCAGCGAAAUGCGAAGCAGAGAAAGAGAGGGAGGAAGCGGAGAAGGCAAGGAGUGAGGCUGAGCAGAAGAGAGAGGAGGCUGAGGCAGCGAAAUGCGAGGCGGAGAAAGAGAGGGAGGAAGCGGAGAAGGCAAGGAGUGACGCUGAGCAGAAGAGAGAGGAGGCUGAGGCAGCGAAAUGCGAGGCGGAGAAAGAGAGGGAGGGAGCGGAGAAGGCAAGGAGUGAGGCUGAGCAGAAGAGAGAGGAGGCUGAGGCAGCGAAAUGCGAGGCGGAGAAAGAGAGGGAGGAAGCGGGGAAGGCAAGGAUUGAGGCUGAGCAAGCUAAAUGCGAGGCGGAGAAAGGGAGGGAGGAAGCGGAGAAGGCAAGGAGUGAGGCUGAGCAGAAGAGAGAGGAGGCUGAGGCAGCGAAAUGCGAGGCGAAGAAAGAGAGCGAGGAAGCGGAGAAGGCAAGGAGUGAGGCUGAGCAGAAGAGAGAGGAGGCUGAGGCAGCGAAAUGCGAGGCGGAGAAAGAGAGGGAGGAAGCGGAGAAGGCAAGGAGUGAGGCUGAGCAGAAGAGAGAGGAGGCUGAGGCAGCGAAAUGCGAGGCGGAGAAAGAGAGGGAGGAAGCGGAGAAGGCAAGGAGUGAGGCUGAAGCUGCUAAAUGCGAGGCGGAGAAAGAGAGGGAGGUCGCGGAGAAGGCAAGGAGUGAGGCUGAGCAGAAGAGAGAGGAGGCUGAGGCAGCGAAAUGCAAGGCGGAGAAAGAGAGGGAGGAAGUGGAGCAGGCAAGGAGUGAGGCUGAGCAGAAGAGAGAGGAGGCUGAGGCAGCGAAAUGCGAGGCGGAGAAAGAGAGGGAGGAAGCGGAGAAGGCAAGGAGUGAGGCUGAGCAGAAGAGAGAGGAGGCUGAGGCAGCGAAAUGCGAGGCGGAGAAAGAGAGGGAGGAAGCGGAGAUGGCAAGGAGUGAGGCUGAGCAGAAGAGAGAGGAGGCUGAGGCAGCGAAAUGCGAGGCGGAGAAAGAGAGGGAGGAAGCGGAGAAGGCAAGGAGUGAGGCUGAAGCUGCUAAAUGCGAGGCGGAGAAAGAGAGGGAGGUCGCGGAGAAGGCAAGGAGUGAGGCUGAGCAGAAGAGAGAGGAGGCUGAGGCAGCGAAAUGCAAGGCGGAGAAAGAGAGGGAGGAAGUGGAGCAGGCAAGGAGUGAGGCUGAGCAGAAGAGAGAGGAGGCUGAGGCAGCGAAAUGCGAGGCGGAGAAAGAGAGGGAGGAAGCGGAGAAGGCAAGGAGUGAGGCUGAGCAGAAGAGAGAGGAGGCUGAGGCAGCGAAAUGCGAGGCGGAGAAAAAGAGGGAGGAAGCGGAGAAGGCAAGGAGUGAGGCUGAGCAGAAGAGAGAGGAGGCUGAGGCAGCGAAAUGCGAGGCGGAGAAAGAGAGGGAGGAAGCGGAGAAGGCAAGGAGUGAGGCUGAAGCUGCUAAAUGCGAGGCGGAGAAAGAGAGGGAGGUCGCGGAGAAGGCAAGGAGUGAGGCUGAGCAGAAGAGAGAGGAGGCUGAGGCAGCGAAAUGCAAGGCGGAGAAAGAGAGGGAGGAAGUGGAGCAGGCAAGGAGUGAGGCUGAGCAGAAGAGAGAGGAGGCUGAGGCAGCGAAAUGCGAGGCGGAGAAAGAGAGGGAGGAAGCGGAGAAGGCAAGGAGUGAGGCUGAAGCUGCUAAAUGCGAGGCGGAGAAAGAGAGGGAGGACGCGGAGAAGGCAAGGAGUGAGGCUGAGCAGAAGAGAGAGGAGGCUGAGGCAGCGAAAUGCGAGUCGGAGAAAGAGAGGGAGGAAGCGGAGAAGGCAAGGAGUGAGGCUGAGCAGAAGAGAGAGGAGGCUGAGGCAGCGGAAUGCGAGGCGGAGAAAGAUAGGGAGAAAGCGGAGAAGGCAAGGAGUGAGGCUGAGCAGAAGAGAGAGGAGGCUGAGGCAGCGAAAUGCAAGGCGGAGAAAGAGAGGGAGGAAGCGGAGAAGGCAAGGAAUGAGGCUGAGCAGAAGAGAGAGGAGGCUGAGGCAGCGAAAUGCGAGGCCAAGAAAGAGAGGGAGGAAGCGGAGAAGGCAAGGAGUGAGGCUGAGCAGAAGAGAGAGGAGGCUGAGGCAGCGAAAUGCGAGGCGGAGAAAGAGAGGGAGGACGCGGAGAAGGCAAGGAGCGAGGCUGAGCGGAAUAGAGAGGAGGCUGAGGCAGCGAAAUGCGAGGCGGAGAAAGAGAGGGAGGAAGCGGAGAAGGCAAGGAGUGAGGCUGAGCAGAAGAGAGAGGAGGCUGAGGCAGCGAAAUGCAAGGCGGAGAAAGAGAGGGAGGAAGUGGAGCAGGCAAGGAGUGAGGCUGAGCAGAAGAGAGAGGAGGCUGAGGCAGCGAAAUGCGAGGCGGAGAAAGAGAGGGAGGAAGCGGAGAAGGCAAGGAGUGAGGCUGAAGCUGCUAAAUGCGAGGCGGAGAAAGAGAGGGAGGUCGCGGAGAAGGCAAGGAGUGAGGCUGAGCAGAAGAGAGAGGAGGCUGAGGCAGCGAAAUGCAAGGCGGAGAAAGAGAGGGAGGAAGUGGAGCAGGCAAGGAGUGAGGCUGAGCAGAAGAGAGAGGAGGCUGAGGCAGCGAAAUGCGAGGCGGAGAAAGAGAGGGAGGAAGCGGAGAAGGCAAGGAGUGAGGCUGAGCAGAAGAGAGAGGAGGCUGAGGCAGCGAAAUGCGAGGCGGAGAAAAAGAGGGAGGAAGCGGAGAAGGCAAGGAGUGAGGCUGAGCAGAAGAGAGAGGAGGCUGAGGCAGCGAAAUGCGAGGCGGAGAAAGAGAGGGAGGAAGCGGAGAAGGCAAGGAGUGAGGCUGAAGCUGCUAAAUGCGAGGCGGAGAAAGAGAGGGAGGUCGCGGAGAAGGCAAGGAGUGAGGCUGAGCAGAAGAGAGAGGAGGCUGAGGCAGCGAAAUGCAAGGCGGAGAAAGAGAGGGAGGAAGUGGAGCAGGCAAGGAGCGAGGCUGAGCAGAAGAGAGAGGAGGCUGAGGCAGCGAAAUGCGAGGCGGAGAAAGAGAGGGAGGAAGCGGAGAAGGCAAGGAGUGAGGCUGAGCAGAAGAGAGAGGAGGCUGAGGCAGCGAAAUGCGAGGCGGAGAAAAAGAGGGAGGAAGCGGAGAAGGCAAGGAGUGAGGCUGAGCAGAAGAGAGAGGAGGCUGAGGCAGCGAAAUGCGAGGCGGAGAAAGAGAGGGAGGAAGCGGAGAAGGCAAGGAGUGAGGCUGAAGCUGCUAAAUGCGAGGCGGAGAAAGAGAGGGAGGUCGCGGAGAAGGCAAGGAGUGAGGCUGAGCAGAAGAGAGAGGAGGCUGAGGCAGCGAAAUGCAAGGCGGAGAAAGAGAGGGAGGAAGUGGAGCAGGCAAGGAGCGAGGCUGAGCAGAAGAGAGAGGAGGCUGAGGCAGCGAAAUGCGAGGCGGAGAAAGAGAGGGAGGAAGCGGAGAAGGCAAGGAGUGAGGCUGAGCAGAAGAGAGAGGAGGCUGAGGCAGCGAAAUGCGAGGCGGAGAAAAAGAGGGAGGAAGCGGAGAAGGCAAGGAGUGAGGCUGAGCAGAAGAGAGAGGAGGCUGAGGCAGCGAAAUGCGAGGCGGAGAAAGAGAGGGAGGAAGCGGAGAAGGCAAGGAGUGAGGCUGAAGCUGCUAAAUGCGAGGCGGAGAAAGAGAGGGAGGUCGCGGAGAAGGCAAGGAGUGAGGCUGAGCAGAAGAGAGAGGAGGCUGAGGCAGCGAAAUGCAAGGCGGAGAAAGAGAGGGAGGAAGUGGAGCAGGCAAGGAGUGAGGCUGAGCAGAAGAGAGAGGAGGCUGAGGCAGCGAAAUGCGAGGCGGAGAAAGAGAGGGAGGAAGCGGAGAAGGCAAGGAGUGAGGCUGAAGCUGCUAAAUGCGAGGCGGAGAAAGAGAGGGAGGACGCGGAGAAGGCAAGGAGUGAGGCUGAGCAGAAGAGAGAGGAGGCUGAGGCAGCGAAAUGCGAGUCGGAGAAAGAGAGGGAGGAAGCGGAGAAGGCAAGGAGUGAGGCUGAGCAGAAGAGAGAGGAGGCUGAGGCAGCGGAAUGCGAGGCGGAGAAAGAUAGGGAGAAAGCGGAGAAGGCAAGGAGUGAGGCUGAGCAGAAGAGAGAGGAGGCUGAGGCAGCGAAAUGCAAGGCGGAGAAAGAGAGGGAGGAAGCGGAGAAGGCAAGGAAUGAGGCUGAGCAGAAGAGAGAGGAGGCUGAGGCAGCGAAAUGCGAGGCCAAGAAAGAGAGGGAGGAAGCGGAGAAGGCAAGGAGUGAGGCUGAGCAGAAGAGAGAGGAGGCUGAGGCAGCGAAAUGCGAGGCGGAGAAAGAGAGGGAGGACGCGGAGAAGGCAAGGAGCGAGGCUGAGCGGAAUAGAGAGGAGGCUGAGGCAGCGAAAUGCGAGGCGGAGAAAGAGAGGGAGGAAGCGGAGAAGGCAAGGAGUGAGGCUGAGCAGAAGAGAGAGGAGGCUGAGGCAGCGAAAUGCAAGGCGGAGAAAGAGAGGGAGGAAGUGGAGCAGGCAAGGAGUGAGGCUGAGCAGAAGAGAGAGGAGGCUGAGGCAGCGAAAUGCGAGGCGGAGAAAGAGAGGGAGGAAGCGGAGAAGGCAAGGAGUGAGGCUGAAGCUGCUAAAUGCGAGGCGGAGAAAGAGAGGGAGGUCGCGGAGAAGGCAAGGAGUGAGGCUGAGCAGAAGAGAGAGGAGGCUGAGGCAGCGAAAUGCAAGGCGGAGAAAGAGAGGGAGGAAGUGGAGCAGGCAAGGAGUGAGGCUGAGCAGAAGAGAGAGGAGGCUGAGGCAGCGAAAUGCGAGGCGGAGAAAGAGAGGGAGGAAGCGGAGAAGGCAAGGAGUGAGGCUGAGCAGAAGAGAGAGGAGGCUGAGGCAGCGAAAUGCGAGGCGGAGAAAAAGAGGGAGGAAGCGGAGAAGGCAAGGAGUGAGGCUGAGCAGAAGAGAGAGGAGGCUGAGGCAGCGAAAUGCGAGGCGGAGAAAGAGAGGGAGGAAGCGGAGAAGGCAAGGAGUGAGGCUGAAGCUGCUAAAUGCGAGGCGGAGAAAGAGAGGGAGGUCGCGGAGAAGGCAAGGAGUGAGGCUGAGCAGAAGAGAGAGGAGGCUGAGGCAGCGAAAUGCAAGGCGGAGAAAGAGAGGGAGGAAGUGGAGCAGGCAAGGAGCGAGGCUGAGCAGAAGAGAGAGGAGGCUGAGGCAGCGAAAUGCGAGGCGGAGAAAGAGAGGGAGGAAGCGGAGAAGGCAAGGAGUGAGGCUGAAGCUGCUAAAUGCGAGGCGGAGAAAGAGAGGGAGGACGCGGAGAAGGCAAGGAGUGAGGCUGAGCAGAAGAGAGAGGAGGCUGAGGCAGCGAAAUGCGAGUCGGAGAAAGAGAGGGAGGAAGCGGAGAAGGCAAGGAGUGAGGCUGAGCAGAAGAGAGAGGAGGCUGAGGCAGCGAAAUGCGAGGCGGAGAAAGAUAGGGAGAAAGCGGAGAAGGCAAGGAGUGAGGCUGAGCAGAAGAGAGAGGAGGCUGAGGCAGCGAAAUGCAAGGCGGAGAAAGAGAGGGAGGAAGCGGAGAAGGCAAGGAAUGAGGCUGAGCAGAAGAGAGAGGAGGCUGAGGCAGCGAAAUGCGAGGCCAAGAAAGAGAGGGAGGAAGCGGAGAAGGCAAGGAGUGAGGCUGAGCAGAAGAGAGAGGAGGCUGAGGCAGCGAAAUGCGAGGCGGAGAAAGAGAGGGAGGAAGCGGAGAAGGCAAGGAGUGAGGCUGAGCAGAAGAGAGAGGAGGCUGAGGCAGCGAAAUGCGAGGCGGAGAAAGAGAGGGCGGAAGCGGAGAAGGCAAGGAGUGAGGCUGAGCAGAAGAGAGAGGAGGCUGAGGCAGCGAAAUGCGAGGCGGAGAAAGAGAGGGAGGAAGCGGAGAAGGCAAGGAGUGAGGCUGAGCAGAAGAGAGAGGAGGCUGAGGCAGCGAAAUGCGAGGCGGAGAAAAAGAGGGAGGAAGCGCAGAAGGCAAGGAGCGAGGCUGAGCGGAAUAGAGAGGAGGCUGAGGCAGCGAAAUGCGAGGCGGAGAAAGAGAGGGAGGAAGCGGAGAAGGCAAGGAGUGAGGCUGAAGCUGCUAAAUGCGAGGCGGAGAAAGAGAGGGAGGUGGCGGAGAAGGCAAGGAGUGAGGCUGAGCAGAAGAGAGAGGAGGCUGAGGCAGCGAAAUGCAAGGCGGAGAAAGAGAGGGAGGAAGUGGAGCAGGCAAGGAGUGAGGCUGAGCAGAAGAGAGAGGAGGCUGAGGCAGCGAAAUGCGAGGCGGAGAAAGAGAGGGAGGAAGCGGAGAAGGCAAGGAGUGAGGCUGAAGCUGCUAAAUGCGAGGCGGAGAAAGAGAGGGAGGCGGAGAAAGAGAGGGAGGAAGUGGAGCAGGCAAGGAGUGAGGCUGAGCAGAAGAGAGAGGAGGCUGAGGCAGCGAAAUGCGAGGCGGAGAAAGAGAGGGAGGAAGCGGAGAAGGCAAGGAGUGAGGCUGAAGCUGCUAAAUGCGAGGCGGAGAAAGAGAGGGAGGACGCGGAGAAGGCAAGGAGUGAGGCUGAGCAGAAGAGAGAGGAGGCUGAGGCAGCGAAAUGGGAGUCGGAGAAAGAGAGGGAGGAAGCGGAGAAGGCAAGGAGUGAGGCUGAGCAGAAGAGAGAGGAGGCUGAGGCAGCGAAAUGCGAGGCGGAGAAAGAUAGGGAGAAAGCGGAGAAGGCAAGGAGUGAGGCUGAGCAGAAGAGAGAGGAGGCUGAGGCAGCGAAAUGCAAGGCGGAGAAAGAGAGGGAGGAAGCGGAGAAGGCAAGGAAUGAGGCUGAGCAGAAGAGAGAGGAGGCUGAGGCAGCGAAAUGCGAGGCCAAGAAAGAGAGGGAGGAAGCGGAGAAGGCAAGGAGUGAGGCUGAGCAGAAGAGAGAGGAGGCUGAGGCAGCGAAAUGCGAGGCGGAGAAAGAGAGGGAGGAAGCGGAGAAGGCAAGGAGUGAGGCUGAGCAGAAGAGAGAGGAGGCUGAGGCAGCGAAAUGCGAGGCGGAGAAAGAGAGGGAGGAAGCGGAGAAGGCAAGGAGUGAGGCUGAGCAGAAGAGAGAGGAGGCUGAGGCAGCGAAAUGCGAGGCGGAGAAAGAGAGGGAGGAAGCGGAGAAGGCAAGGAGUGAGGCUGAGCAGAAGAGAGAGGAGGCUGAGGCAGCGAAAUGCGAGGCGGAGAAAGAGAGGGAGGAAGCGGAGAAGGCAAGGAGUGAGGCUGAGCAGAAGAGAGAGGAGGCUGAGGCAGCGAAAUGCAAGGCGGAGAAAGAGAGGGAUGAAGCGGAGAAGGCAAGGAGUGAGGCUGAGCAGAAGAGAGAGGAGGCUGAGGCAGCGAAAUGCGAGGCGGAGAAAGAGAGGGAGGAAGCGGAGAAGGCAAGGAGUGAGGCUGAGCAGAAGAGAGAGGAGGCUGAGGCAGCGAAAUGCGAGGCGGAGAAAGAGAGGGAGGAAGCGGAGAUGGCAAGGAGUGAGGCUGAGCAGAAGAGAGAGGAGGCUGAGGCAGCGAAAUGCAAGGCGGAGAAAGAGAGGGAGGACGCGGAGAAGGCAAGGAGUGAGGCUGAGCAGAAGAGAGAGGAGGCUGAGGCAGCGAAAUGUGAGGCGGAGAAAGAGAGGGAGGAAGCGGAGAAGGCAAGGAGUGAGGCUGAGCAGAAGAGAGAGGAGGCUGAGGGAGUGAAAUGUGAGGCGGAGAAAGAGAGGGAGGAAGCGGAGAUGGCAAGGAGUGAGGCUGAGCAGAAGAGAGAGGAGUCUGAGGCAGCGAAAUGCGAGGCGGAGAAAGAGAGGGAGGAAGCGGAGAAGGCAAGGAGUGAGGCUGAGCAGAAGAGAGAGGAGGCUGAGGCAGCGAAAUGCGAGGCAGAGAAAGAAAGGGAGGAAGCGGAGAAGGCAAGGAGUGAGGCUGAGCAGAAGAGAGAGGAGGCUGAGGCAGCGAAAUGCGAGGCGGAGAAAGAGAGUGAGAAAGCGGAGAAGGCAAGGAGUGAGGCUGAGCAGAAGAGAGAGGAGGCUGAGGCAGCGAAAUGCGAGGCGGAGAAAGAGAGGGAGGAAGCGGAGAAGGCAAGGAGUGAGGCUGAGCAGAGAAGAGAGGAGGCUGAGGCAGCGAAAUGCGAGGCGGAGAAAGAGAGGGAGGAAGCGGAGAAGGCAAGGAGUGAGGCUGAGCAGAAGAGACAGGAGGCUGAGGCAGCGAAAUGCGAGGCGGAGAAAGAGAGGGAGGAAGCGGAGAAGGCAAGGAGUGAGGCUGAGCAGAAGAGAGAGGAGGCUGAGGCAGCGAAAUGCGAGGCGGAGAAAGAGAGGGAGGAAGCGGAGAAGGCAAGGAGUGAGGCUGAGCAGAAGAGACAGGAGGCUGAGGCAGCGAAAUGCGAGGCGGAGAAAGAGAGGGAGGAAGCGGAGAAGGCAAGGAGUGACGCUGAGCAGAAGAGAGAGGAGGCUGAGGCAGCGAAAUGCGAGGCGGAGAAAGAGAGGGAGGAAGCGGAGAAGGCAAGAAGUGAGGCUGAGCAGAAGAGAGAGGAGGCUGAGGCAGCGAAAUGUGAGGCGGAGAAAGAGAGGGAGGAAGCGGAGAUGGCAACGAGUGAGGCUGAGCAGAAGAGAGAGGAGGCUGAGGCAGCGAAAUGCAAGGCGGAGAAAGAUAGGGAGGAAGCGGAGAAGGCAAGGAGUGAGGCUGAGCAGAAGAGAGAGGAGGCUGAGGCAGCGAAAUGCGAGGCGGAGAAAGAGAGGGAGGAAGCGGAGAAGGCAAGGAUUGAGGCUGAGCAGAAGAGAGAGGAGGCUGAGGCAGCGAAAUGCGAGGCGGAGAAAGAGAGGGAGGAAGCGGAGAAGGCAAGGAGUGAGGCUGAGCUGAAGAGAGAGGAGGCUGAGGGAGCGAAAUGUGAGGCGGAGAAAGAGAGGGAGGAAGAGGAGAUGGCAAGGAGUGAGGCUGAGCAGAAGAGAGAGGAGGCCGAGGCAGCGAAAUGCAAGGCGGAGAAAGAGAGGGAGGAAGCGGAGAAGGCAAGGAGUGAGGCUGAGCAGAAGAGAGAGGAGGUUGAGGCUGCGAAAUGCGAGGCAGAGAAAGAAAGGGAGGAAGCGGAGAAGGCAAGGAGUGAGGCUGAGCAGAAGAGAGAGGAGGCUGAGGCAGCGAAAUGCGAGGCGGAGAAAGAGAGUGAGGAAGCGGAGAAGGCAAGGAGUGAGGCUGAGCAGAAGAGAGAGGAGGCUGAGGCAGCGAAAUGCGAGGCGGAGAAAGAGAGGGAGGAAGCGGAGAAGGCAAGGAGUGACGCUGAGCAGAAGAGAGAGGAGGCUGAGGCAGCGAAAUUCGAGGCGGAGAAAGAGAGGGAGGAAGCGGAGAAGGCAAGGAGUGAGGCUGAGCAGAAGAGAGAGGAGGCUGAGGCAGCGAAAUGCAAGGCGGAGAAAGAGAGGGAGGAAGCGGAGAAGGCAAGGAGUGAGGCUGAGCAGAAGAGAGAGGAGGCUGAGGCAGCGAAAUGCGAGGCGGAGAAAGAGAGGGAGGAAGCGGAGAAGGCAAGGAGUGACGCUGAGCAGAAGAGAGAGGAGGCUGAAGCAGCAAAAUGCAAGGCGGAGAAAGAGAGGGAGGAAGCGGAGAAGGCAAGGAGUGAGGCUGAGCAGAAGAGAGAGGAGGCUGAGGCAGCGAAAUUCGAGGCGGAGAAAGAGAGGGAGGAAGCGGAGAAGGCAAGGAGUGAGGCUGAGCAGAAGAGAGAGGAGGCUGAGGCAGCGAAAUGCAAGGCGGAGAAAGAGAGGGAGGAAGCGGAGAAGGCAAGGAGUGAGGCUGAUCAGAAGAGAGAGGAGGCUGAGGCAGCGAAAUGCGAGGCGGAGAAAGAGAGGGAGGAAGCAGAGAAGGCAAGGAGUGAGGCUGAGCAGAAGAGAGAGGAGGCUGAGGCAGCGAAAUGCGAGGCGGAGAAAGCGAGCGAGGAAGCGGAGAUGGCAAGGAGUGAGGCUGAGCAGAAGAGAGAGGAGGCUGAGGCAGCGAAAUGCAAGGCGGAGAAAGAGAGGGAGGAAGCGGAGAAGGCAAGGAGUGAGGCUGAGCAGAAGAGAGAGGAGGCUGAGGCAGCGAAAUGCGAGGCGGAGAAAGAGAGGGAGGAAGCGGAGAAGGCAAGGAGUGAGGCUGAGCAGAAGAGAGAGGAGGCUGAGGCAGCGAAAUGCGAGGCGGAGAAAGAGAGGGAGGAAGCGGAGAAGGCAAGGAGUGAGGCUGAGCAGAAGAGAGAGGAGGCUGAGGCAGCGAAAUGCGAGGCGGAGAAAGAGAGGGAGGAAGCGGAGAAGGCAAGGAGUGACGCUGAGCAGAAGAGAGAGGAGGCUGAGGCAGCAAAAUGCAAGGCGGAGAAAGAGAGGGAGGAAGUGGAGAAGGCAAGGAGUGAGGCUGAGCAGAAGAGAGAGGAGGCUGAGGCAGCGAAAUGCGAGGCGGAGAAAGAGAGGGAGGAAGCGGAGAAGGCAAGGAGUGAGGCUGAGCAGAAGAGAGAGGAGGCUGAGGCAGCGAAAUGCGAGGCGGAGAAAGAGAGGGAGGAAGCGGAGAAGGCAAGGAGUGAGGCUGAGCAGAAGAGAGAGGAGGCUGAGGCAGCGAAAUGCAAGGCGGAGAAAGAGAGGGAGGAAGCGGAGAAGGCAAGGAGUGAGGCUGAUCAGAAGAGAGAGGAGGCUGAGGCAGCGAAAUGCAAGGCGGAGAAAGAGAGGGAGGAAGCGGAGAAGGCAAGGAGUGAGGCUGAGCAGAAGAGAGAGGAGGCUGAGGCAGCGAAAUGCGAGGCGGAGAAAGAGAGGGAGGAAGCGGAGAAGGCAAGGAGUGAGGCUGAGCAGAAGAGAGAGGAGGCUGAGGCAGCGAAAUGCGAGGCGGAGAAAGAGAGGGAGGAAGCGGAGAAGGCAAGGAGUGAGGCUGAGCAGAAGAGAGAGGAGGCUGAGGCAGCGAAAUGCGAGGCGGAGAAAGAGAGGGAGGAAGCGGAGAAGGCAAGGAGUGACGCUGAGCAGAAGAGAGAGGAGGCUGAGGCAGCAAAAUGCAAGGCGGAGAAAGAGAGGGAGGAAGUGGAGAAGGCAAGGAGUGAGGCUGAGCAGAAGAGAGAGGAGGCUGAGGCAGCGAAAUGCGAGGCGGAGAAAGAGAGGGAGGAAGCGGAGAAGGCAAGGAGUGAGGCUGAGCAGAAGAGAGAGGAGGCUGAGGCAGCGAAAUGCGAGGCGGAGAAAGAGAGGGAGGAAGCGGAGAAGGCAAGGAGUGAGGCUGAGCAGAAGAGAGAGGAGGCUGAGGCAGCGAAAUGCAAGGCGGAGAAAGAGAGGGAGGAAGCGGAGAAGGCAAGGAGUGAGGCUGAUCAGAAGAGAGAGGAGGCUGAGGCAGCGAAAUGCAAGGCGGAGAAAGAGAGGGAGGAAGCGGAGAAGGCAAGGAGUGAGGCUGAGCAGAAGAGAGAGGAGGCUGAGGCAGCGAAAUGCGAGGCGGAGAAAGAGAGUGAGGAAGCGGAGAAGGCAAGGAGUGAGGCUGAGCAGAAGAGAGAGGAGGCUGAGGCAGCGAAAUGCGAGGCGGAGAAAGAGAGGGAGGAAGCGGAGAAGGCAAGGAGUGAGGCUGAGCAGAAGAGAGAGGAGGCUGAGGCAGCGAAAUGCGAGGCGGAGAAAGAGAGGGAGGAAGCGGAGAAGGCAAGGAGUGACGCUGAGCAGAAGAGAGAGGAGGCUGAGGCAGCAAAAUGCAAGGCGGAGAAAGAGAGGGAGGAAGUGGAGAAGGCAAGGAGUGAGGCUGAGCAGAAGAGAGAGGAGGCUGAGGCAGCGAAAUGCAAGGCGGAGAAAGAGAGGGAGGAAGCGGAGAAGGCAAGGAGUGAGGCUGAGCAGAAGAGAGAGGAGGCUGAGGCAGCGAAAUGCGAGGCGGAGAAAGAGAGGGAGGAAGCGGAGAAGGCAAGGAGUGAGGCUGAGCAGAAGAGAGAGGAGGCUGAGGCAGCGAAAUGCAAGGCGGAGAAAGAGAGGGAGGAAGCGGAGAAGGCAAGGAGUGAGGCUGAUCAGAAGAGAGAGGAGGCUGAGGCAGCGAAAUGCAAGGCGGAGAAAGAGAGGGAGGAAGCGGAGAAGGCAAGGAGUGAGGCUGAUCAGAAGAGAGAGGAGGCUGAGGCAGCGAAAUGCGAGGCGGAGAAAGAGAGGGAGGAAGCGGAGAAGGCAAGGAGUGAGGCUGAUCAGAAGAGAGAGGAGGCUGAGGCAGCGAAAUGCGAGGCGGAGAAAGAGAGGGAGGAAGCGGAGAAGGCAAGGAGUGAGGCUGAGCAGAAGAGAGAGGAGGCUGAGGCAGCGAAAUGCGAGGCGGAGAAAGAGAGUGAGGAAGCGGAGAAGGCAAGGAGUGAGGCUGAGCAGAAGAGAGAGGAGGCUGAGGCAGCGAAAUGCGAGGCGGAGAAAGAGAGGGAGGAAGCGGAGAAGGCAAGGAGUGAGGCUGAUCAGAAGAGAGAGGAGGCUGAGGCAGCGAAAUGCAAGGCGGAGAAAGAGAGGGAGGAAGCGGAGAAGGCAAGGAGUGAGGCUGAUCAGAAGAGAGAGGAGGCUGAGGCAGCGAAAUGCGAGGCGGAGAAAGAGAGGGAGGAAGCGGAGAAGGCAAGGAGUGAGGCUGAGCAGAAGAGAGAGGAGGCUGAGGCAGCGAAAUGCGAGGCGGAGAAAGAGAGUGAGGAAGCGGAGAAGGCAAGGAGUGAGGCUGAGCAGAAGAGAGAGGAGGCUGAGGCAGCGAAAUGCGAGGCGGAGAAAGAGAGGGAGGAAGCGGAGAAGGCAAGGAGUGAGGCUGAGCAGAAGAGAGAGGAGGCUGAGGCAGCGAAAUGCGAGGCGGAGAAAGAGAGGGAGGAAGCAGAGAAGGCAAGGAGUGAGGCUGAGCAGAAGAGAGAGGAGGCUGAGGCAGCGAAAUGCGAGGCGGAGAAAGCGAGCGAGGAAGCGGAGAAGGCAAGGAGUGAGGCUGAGCAGAAGAGAGAGGAGGCUGAGGCAGCGAAAUUCGAGGCGGAGAAAGAGAGGGAGGAAGCGGAGAAGGCAAGGAGUGAGGCUGAGCAGAAGAGAGAGGAGGCUGAGGCAGCGAAAUGCAAGGCGGAGAAAGAGAGGGAGGAAGCGGAGAAGGCAAGGAGUGAGGCUGAUCAGAAGAGAGAGGAGGCUGAGGCAGCGAAAUGCGAGGCGGAGAAAGAGAGGGAGGAAGCAGAGAAGGCAAGGAGUGAGGCUGAGCAGAAGAGAGAGGAGGCUGAGGCAGCGAAAUUCGAGGCGGAGAAAGAGAGGGAGGAAGCGGAGAAGGCAAGGAGUGAGGCUGAGCAGAAGAGAGAGGAGGCUGAGGCAGCGAAAUGCGAGGCGGAGAAAGAGAGGGAGGAAGCGGAAAAGGCAAGGAGUGAGGCUGAGCAGAAGAGAGAGGAGGCUGAGGCAGCGAAAUGCGAGGCGGAGAAAGAGAGGGAGGAAGCGGAGAAGGCAAGGAGUGAGGCUGAGCAGAAGAGAGAUGAGGCUGAGGCAGCGAAACGCAAGGCGGAGAAAGAGAGGGAGGAAGCGGAGAAAGCAAGGAGUGAGGCUGAGCAGAAGAGAGAGGAGGCUGAGGCAGCGAAAUUCGAGGCGGAGAAAGAGAGGGAGGAAGCGGAGAAGGCAAGGAGUGAGGCUGAGCAGAAGAGGGAGGAAGCGGAGAAGGCAAGGAGUGAGGCUGAGCAGAAGAGAGAGGAGGCUGAGGCAGCGAAAUGCAAGGCGGAGAAAGAGAGGGAGGAAGCGGAGAAGGCAAGGAGUGAGGCUGAUCAGAAGAGAGAGGAGGCUGAGGCAGCGAAAUGCAAGGCGGAGAAAGAGAGGGAGGAAGCGGAGAAGGCAAGGAGUGAGGCUGAUCAGAAGAGAGAGGAGGCUGAGGCAGCGAAAUGCGAGGCGGAGAAAGAGAGGGAGGAAGCGGAGAAGGCAAGGAGUGAGGCUGAGCAGAAGAGAGAGGAGGCUGAGGCAGCGAAAUGCGAGGCGGAGAAAGAGAGUGAGGAAGCGGAGAAGGCAAGGAGUGAGGCUGAGCAGAAGAGAGAGGAGGCUGAGGCAGCGAAAUGCGAGGCGGAGAAAGAGAGGGAGGAAGCGGAGAAGGCAAGGAGUGAGGCUGAGCAGAAGAGAGAGGAGGCUGAGGCAGCGAAAUGCGAGGCGGAGAAAGAGAGGGAGGAAGCAGAGAAGGCAAGGAGUGAGGCUGAGCAGAAGAGAGAGGAGGCUGAGGCAGCGAAAUGCGAGGCGGAGAAAGCGAGCGAGGAAGCGGAGAAGGCAAGGAGUGAGGCUGAGCAGAAGAGAGAGGAGGCUGAGGCAGCGAAAUUCGAGGCGGAGAAAGAGAGGGAGGAAGCGGAGAAGGCAAGGAGUGAGGCUGAGCAGAAGAGAGAGGAGGCUGAGGCAGCGAAAUGCAAGGCGGAGAAAGAGAGGGAGGAAGCGGAGAAGGCAAGGAGUGAGGCUGAUCAGAAGAGAGAGGAGGCUGAGGCAGCGAAAUGCGAGGCGGAGAAAGAGAGGGAGGAAGCAGAGAAGGCAAGGAGUGAGGCUGAGCAGAAGAGAGAGGAGGCUGAGGCAGCGAAAUUCGAGGCGGAGAAAGAGAGGGAGGAAGCGGAGAAGGCAAGGAGUGAGGCUGAGCAGAAGAGAGAGGAGGCUGAGGCAGCGAAAUGCGAGGCGGAGAAAGAGAGGGAGGAAGCGGAAAAGGCAAGGAGUGAGGCUGAGCAGAAGAGAGAGGAGGCUGAGGCAGCGAAAUGCGAGGCGGAGAAAGAGAGGGAGGAAGCGGAGAAGGCAAGGAGUGAGGCUGAGCAGAAGAGAGAUGAGGCUGAGGCAGCGAAACGCAAGGCGGAGAAAGAGAGGGAGGAAGCGGAGAAAGCAAGGAGUGAGGCUGAGCAGAAGAGAGAGGAGGCUGAGGCAGCGAAAUUCGAGGCGGAGAAAGAGAGGGAGGAAGCGGAGAAGGCAAGGAGUGAGGCUGAGCAGAAGAGGGAGGAAGCGGAGAAGGCAAGGAGUGAGGCUGAGCAGAAGAGAGAGGAGGCUGAGGCAGCGAAAUGCAAGGCGGAGAAAGAGAGGGAGGAAGCGGAGAAGGCAAGGAGUGAGGCUGAGCAGAAGAGAGAGGAGGCUGAGGCAGCGAAAUUCGAGGCCGAGAAAGAGAGGGAGAAAGCGGAGAAGGCAAGGAGUGAGGCUGAGCAGAAGAGAGAGGAGGCUGAGGCAGCGAAAUUCAAGGCGGAGAAAGAGAGGGAGGAAGCGGAGAAGGCAAGGAGUGAGGCUGAGCAGAAGAGAGAGGAGGCUGAGGCAGCGAAAUGCGAGGCGGAGAAAGAGAGGGAGGAAGCGGAAAAGGCAAGGAGUGAGGCUCAGCAGAAGAGAGAGGAGGCUGAGGCAGCGAAAUGCAAGGCGGAGAAAGAGAGGGAGGAAGCGGAGAAGGCAAGGAGUGAGGCUGAGCAGAAGAGAGAGGAGGCUGAGGCAGCGAAAUGCGAGGCGGAGAAAGAGAGGGAGGAAGCGGAGAAGGCAAGGAGUGAGGCUGAGCAGAAGAGGGAGGAAGCGGAGAAGGCAAGGAGUGAGGCUGAGCAGAAGAGAGAGGAGGCUGAGGCAGCGAAAUGCAAGGCGGAGAAAGAGAGGGAGGAAGCGGAGAAGGCAAGGAGUGAGGCUGAGCAGAAGAGAGAGGAGGCUGAGGCAGCGAAAUUCGAGGCCGAGAAAGAGAGGGAGAAAGCGGAGAAGGCAAGGAGUGAGGCUGAGCAGAAGAGAGAGGAGGCUGAGGCAGCGAAAUGCAAGGCGGAGAAAGAGAGGGAGGAAGCGGAGAAGGCAAGGAGUGAGGCUGAGCAGAAGAGAGAGGAGGCUGAGGCAGCGAAAUGCGAGGCGGAGAAAGAGAGGGAGGAAGCGGAGAAGGCAAGGAGUGAGGCUGAGCAGAAGAGAGAGGAGGCUGAGGCAGCGAAAUGCAAGGCGGAGAAAGAGAGGGAGGAAGCGGAGAAGGCAAGGAGUGAGGCUGAGCAGAAGAGAGAGGAGGCUGAGGCAGCGAAAUGCGAGGCGGAGAAAGAGAGGGAGGAAGCGGAGAAGGCAAGGAGUGAGGCUGAGCAGAAGAGAGAGGAGGCUGAGGCAGCGAAAUGCGAGGCGGAGAAAGAGAGGGAGGAAGCGGAGAUGGCAAGGAGUGAGGCUGAGCAGAAGAGAGAGGAGGCUGAGGCAGCGAAAUGCGAGGCGGAGAAAGAGAGGGAGGAAGCGGAGAAGGCAAGGAGUGAGGCUGAGCAGAAGAGAGAUGAGGCUGAGGCAGCGAAACGCAAGGCGGAGAAAGAGAGGGAGGAAGCGGAGAAAGCAAGGAGUGAGGCUGAGCAGAAGAGAGAGGAGGCUGAGGCAGCGAAAUGCGAGGCGGAGAAAGAGAGGGAGGAAGCGGAGAAGGCAAGGAGUGAGGCUGAGCAGAAGAGGGAGGAAGCGGAGAAGGCAAGGAGUGAGGCUGAGCAGAAGAGAGAGGAGGCUGAGGCAGCGAAAUGCAAGGCGGAGAAAGAGAGGGAGGAAGCGGAGAAGGCAAGGAGUGAGGCUGAGCAGAAGAGAGAGGAGGCUGAGGCAGCGAAAUUCGAGGCGGAGAAAGAGAGGGAGAAAGCGGAGAAGGCAAGGAGUGAGGCUGAGCAGAAGAGAGAGGAGGCUGAGGCAGCGAAAUGCAAGGCGGAGAAAGAGAGGGAGGAAGCGGAGAAGGCAAGGAGUGAGGCUGAUCAGAAGAGAGAGGAGGCUGAGGCAGCGAAAUGCGAGGCGGAGAAAGAGAGGGAGGAAGCGGAGAAGGCAAGGAGUGAGGCUGAGCAGAAGAGAGAGGAGGCUGAGGCAGCGAAAUUCGAGGCGGAGAAAGAGAGGGAGGAAGCGGAGAAGGCAAGGAGUGAGGCUGAGCAGAAGAGAGAGGAGGCUGAGGCAGCGAAAUGCAAGGCGGAGAAAGAGAGGGAGGAAGCGGAGAUGGCAAGGAGUGAGGCUGAGCAGAAGAGAGAGGAGGCUGAGGCAGCGAAAUGCGAGGCGGAGAAAGAGAGUGAGGAAGCGGAGAAGGCAAGGAGUGAGGCUGAGCAGAAGAGAGAGGAGGCUGAGGCAGCGAAAUUCGAGGCGGAGAAAGAGAGGGAGGAAGCGGAGAAGGCAAGGAGUGAGGCUGAGCAGAAGAGAGAGGAGGCUGAGGCAGCGAAAUGCAAGGCGGAGAAAGAGAGGGAGGAAGCGGAGAAGGCAAGGAGUGAGGCUGAGCAGAAGAGAGAGGAGGCUGAGGCAGCGAAAUUCGAGGCGGAGAAAGAGAGGGAGAAAGCGGAGAAGGCAAGGAGUGAGGCUGAGCAGAAGAGAGAGGAGGCUGAGGCAGCGAAAUGCAAGGCGGAGAAAGAGAGGGAGGAAGCGGAGAAGGCAAGGAGUGAGGCUGAGCAGAAGAGAGAGGAGGCUGAGGCAGCGAAAUGCGAGGCGGAGAAAGAGAGGGAGGAAGCAGAGAAGGCAAGGAGUGAGGCUGAGCAGAAGAGAGAGGAGACUGAGGCAGCGAAAUGCAAGGCGGAGAAAGAGAGGGAGGCAGCUGAGAAGGCAAGGAGUGAGGCUGAUCAGAAGAGAGAGGAGGCUGAGGCAGCGAAAUGCGAGGCGGAGAAAGAGAGGGAGGAAGCAGAGAAGGCAAGGAGUGAGGCUGAGCAGAAGAGAGAGGAGGCUGAGGCAGCGAAAUUUGAGGCGGAGAAAGAGAGGGAGGAAGCGGAAAAGGCAAGGAGUGAGGCUGAGCAGAAGAGAGAGGAGACUGAGGCAGCGAAAUGCAAGGCGGAGAAAGAGAGGGAGGAAGCGGAGAAGGCAAGGAGUGAGGCUGAUCAGAAGAGAGAGGAGGCUGAGGCAGCGAAAUGCAAGGCGGAGAAAGAGAGGGAGGAAGCGGAGAUGGCAAGGAGUGAGGCUGAGCAGAAGAGAGAGGAGGCUGAGGCAGUGAAAUGUGAGGCGGAGAAAGAGAGGGAGGAAGAGGAGAUGGCAAGGAGUGAGGCUGAGCAGAAGAGAGAGGAGGCUGAGGCAGCGAAAUGCGAGGCGGAGAAAGAGAGGGAGGAAGCGGAGAAGGCAAGGAGUGAGGCUGAGCAGAAGAGAGAGGAGGCUGAGGCAGCGAAAUGCAAGGCGGAGAAAGAGAGGGAGGAAGCGGAGAAAGCAAGGAGUGAGGCUGAGCAGAAGAGAGAGGAGGCUGAGGCAGCGAAAUGCGAGGCGGAGAAAGAGAGGGAGGAAGCGGAGAAGGCAAGGAGUGAGGCUGAGCAGAAGAGGGAGGAAGCGGAGAAGGCAAGGAGUGAGGCUGAGCAGAAGAGAGAGGAGGCUGAGGCAGCGAAAUGCGAGGCGGAGAAAGAGAGGGAGGAAGCGGAGAAGGCAAGGAGUGAGGCUGAUCAGAAGAGAGAGGAGGCUGAGGCAGCGAAAUGCGAGGCGGAGAAAGAGAGGGAGGAAGCGGAGAAGGCAAGGAGUGAGGCUGAGCAGAAGAGAGAGGAGGCUGAGGCAGCGAAAUGCGAGGCGGAGAAAGAGAGGGAGGAAGCGGAGAAGGCAAGGAGUGAGGCUGAGCAGAAGAGAGAGGAGGCUGAGGCAGCGAAAUGCGAGGCGGAGAAAGAGAGGGAGGAAGUGGAGAAGGCAAGGAGUGAGGCUGAGCAGAAGAGAGAGGAGGCUGAGGCAGCGAAAUGCGAGGCGGAGAAAGAGAGGGAGGAAGUGGAGAAGGCAAGGAGUGAGGCUGAGCAGAAGAGAGAGGAGGCUGAGGCAGCGAAAUGCGAGGAGGAGAAAGAGAGGGAGGAAGCGGAGAAGGCAAGGAGUGAGGCUGAGCAGAAGAGAGAGGAGGCUGAGGCAGCGAAAUGCAAGGCGGAGAAAGAGAGGGAGGAAGCGGAGAAGGCAAGGAGUGAAGCUGAGCAGAAGAGAGAGGAGGCUGAGGCAGCGAAAUGCGAGGCGGAGAAAGAGAGGGAGGAAGCGGAGAAGGCAAGGAGUGAGGCUGAGCAGAAGAGAGAGGAGGCUGAGGCAGCGAAAUGCGAGGCGGAGAAAGAGAGGGAGGAAGCGGAGAAGGCAAGGAGUGAGGCUGAGCAGAAGAGAGAGGAGGCUGAGGCAGCGAAAUGCAAGGCGGAGAAAGAGAGGGAGGAAGCGGAGAAGGCAAGGAGUGAGGCUGAUCAGAAGAGAGAGGAGGCUGAGGCAGCGAAAUGCGAGGCGGAGAAAUUGAGGGAGGAAGCGGAGAAGGCAAGGAGUGAGGCUGAGCAGAAGAGAGAGGAGUUUGAGGCAGCGAAAUGCGUGGCGGAGAAAGAGAGGGAGGCAGUGGAGAAGGCAAGGAGUGAGGCUCAGCAGAAGAGAGAGGAGGCUGAGGCAGCGAAAUGCGAGGCGGAGAAAGAGAGUGAGGAAGCGGAGAAGGCAAGGAGUGAGGCUGAGCAGAAGAGAGAGGAGGCUGAGGCAGGGAAUUGCGAGGCGGAGAAAGAGAGGGAGGAAGCGGAGAAGGCAAGGAUUGAGGCUGAGCAGAAGAGAGAGGAGGCUGAGGCAGCGAAAUGCGAGGCGGAGAAAGAGAGGGAGGAAGCGGAGAAGGCAAGGAGUGAGGCUGAGCAGAAGAGAGAGGAGGCUGAGGCAGCGAAAUGCAAGGCGGAGAAAGAGAGGGAGGAAGCGGAGAAGGCAAGGAGUGAGGCUGAGCAGAAGAGAGAGGAGGCUGAGGCAGCGAAAUGCGAGUCGGAGAAAGAUAGGGAGGAAGCGGAGAAGGCAAGGAGUGAGGCUGAGCAGAAGAGAGAGGAGGCUGAGGCAGCGAAAUGCGAGGCGGAGAAAGAGAGGGAGGAAGCGGAGAAGGCAAGGAGUGAGGCUGAGCAGAAGAGAGAGGAGGCUGAGGCAGCGAAAUGCGAGGCGGAGAAAGAGAGGGAGGAAGCGGAGAAGGCAAGGAGUGAGGCUGAGCAGAAGGGAGAGGAGGCUGAGGCAGCGAAAUGCAAGGCGCAGAAAGAGAGGGAGGAAGCGGAGAAGGCAAGGAGUGACGCUGAGCAGAAGAGAGAGGAGUUUGAGGCAGCGAAAUGGGUGGCGGAGAAAGAGAGGGAGGAAGCGGAGAAGGCAAGGAGUGAGGCUGAGCAGAAGAGAGAGGAGGCUGAGGCAGUUAAAUGCGAGGCGGAGAAAGAGAGGGAGGAAGCGGAGAAGGCAAGGAGUGAGGCUGAGCAGAAGAGAGAGGAGGCUGAGGCAGCAGCAUUGGAGGCUGAGAAUGAGAGGGAAGGGAUUGAGAGGAGGAGGAUACAGACUGAGUCAAGUUUGAAUGAUGCACUGAGGAGGUUGAGUGAUGUUUCAGAUGCUGUUGACAAAGCUAAGAGGGAUGCUGACAAGGCUAGACUGGAUGCUGAUGUGGCAAGAUGUGAUGCUGAUGUGGCAAGACGUGAUGCUGAUGUGGCACGACGAGAGGCUGAUGCGGCCAGAUGUGUUGCUGACGAAUGUAAGCUCGCUGCUGAGCUGGCAAAACAAGCUUCUGACUUGGCAAGGCAAGAUGCUGAAGUGGCGAGGCGUGCAGCCGAGCAGGCAGAGGAGGAAAGAAGGAUGGCUGAGAGAAUAAGAGAGGAGGCCGGGAAGAAUGGGGAUGGAGGGGGGUGGGUGAAGGAACUGGAACGGUUGAGGCUUGAAUUGGAGAUGACUAGGAUUGAGGGGGAGAUUGCAAGGAAAGAGCUUGAAAGAGUGACAAGGGAUGGGGAUUUUGUGAGGGAGGAGCUUCAGAGAGUGGGAAGGGAUGGAGAGAGUUUGAAGGAAGAACUAGAGAGAGUGAGAGGGGAGUUGGGGAGAGUGAGAAAGGAGCUGGAGCGAGUGACGGAGGCUAAGAGGGAGAGUGUGCGGAACCUGAGCGAGUCGUUGGUGGCUUCAGAGGAGCAGAGGAAGAAGCUGGUGGAGCUGCUUCGAAUGGCCGAGAGCUUUGAAGGAUUCUCUACAUCACUCUGGUGA